UACGUCAAUUACGUCAAGUCAAACAAAACGAUAAAUAAUAUCGGCGUGUACGGAUAAUUCCGCCCUAAAUUAAUCUUAUUUCUCUUAAUACAGCAGCAAGAUGUCUGAAAGAAAAGUAUUAAACAAAUACUAUCCCCCGGAUUUUGAUCCGUCGAAGAUUCCUCGCAUGAAACUAGCCAAGAACCGCCAGUACACUGUGCGCUUGAUGGCUCCCUUCAAUAUGCGAUGUGCUACUUGCGGCGAGUAUAUCUACAAGGGCAAAAAAUUCAACGCUCGGAAAGAAGAUGUUGAAAAUGAAGACUAUUUGGGAAUUAGAAUUUACAGGUUUUAUAUUAAAUGUACCAGAUGCCUACAAGAGAUAUCAUUCAAGACGGACCCAAAGAACACCGACUAUGAGAUUGAGGCGGGAGCGACCAGGAACUUCAUGGCGUUGAAACUUGCUGAAGAGCAGGCCAAGCGGGAAGAGGACGAGCAAAAAGAGGAAGAGGCCAAUAAUCCUAUGAAAUUAUUAGAAUACAGAACGGAGCAGUCUCGGCAGGAGAUCGAGCGGCUAGAGGGGCUGGAGGAGCUGAAGGAGCUGAACCGGCGCCAGCAGGCGGUAGACUACGAGGGCAUGCUGCAGCAGUACGCGCCCGAGAGCGCCGACAAGCGCCGCGCCCGGGAGCAGAAGGAAGACGAUGACUUCAUCAAAUCCAUCAAAUUUGGCGGAACAUCGAAAGUAGUGGCUGAAGAAAUAAUUGAAGAAGUAGAGGACUCGGACGAACCGCCAGCUAAAACAUCUCGAAUAGAGACCAUUCCAGCCAAACCAGUUGCCAAGAAAAAUGAGUCGUGGAACCGCAGUAUCGGAGUGUUGAAUAAAAAACCAGCUUUGGCGAAUCUUGUAAAGAGUAGAAAAGACGUCGUGACGCCAAAGACGAUGAGUUCGGAAGGAAGUAAAGGUAAUAGUUAUAGUGCGAAUGAUACGAUUGUGCCUCCUAAAGCAAGUGACGCGGCUGUAGCUUCUAAGGCUAGUGAGAAUGCAACGCCACCUGCGUCAGGACUUACUCUUCUGGCAAACUACUCCGGCAGUGACAGUGAUUCGCAGUGAGUUCCGUUUUAUUAUUGUACAAAAUGGGCAUGGACAUCUGUAU